AUUGGGAGCGAUCCCGUAAAUUAGCCGAAUUUUCUUGGACACACCCGAGCACCGUCGCCGCCGCCGUAGAUCCAGUCUUCAACGUCACCUCCGAGCGACUUUGUUAACGACGACGCCGACGAAGAGGAAAGAGAGGCGGAGAUGGAAUUGGAGAUCUUGGGCAUGAACUUUGGGUGCGUAUUGGGGGCGCUGCAAGAAUGGGAAUUUCCCGAAAAGAACUGCGUGCUUCCACUAGUAUCCAAGCUCCUUGGCUACUGUAUCGUCGCUGCCUCCACCACCGUCAAACUCCCUCAGAUACUCAAAAUCUUGAAACACAAUAGUGUUAGAGGACUUAGCCUUGUGGCUUUUGAGUUAGAAGUGGUGGGUUACACAAUUGCUUUGGCAUAUUGUGUCCACAAGGAGCUUCCAUUUUCAGCUUAUGGAGAGUUGCUGUUUCUCUUGAUCCAAGCUAUAAUUCUAGUUGCAAUUAUCUACUACUAUUCUCAACCACUUGGAGGAAAGACCUGGAUUAAACCUCUUUUGUAUUGUGCUAUAGCACCAACUAUAAUUGCUGGUCAGAUUGAUCCAUUUCUUUUUGAAGCCCUAUAUGCUUCACAACAUUUCAUCUUUUUCUCUGCAAGAGUACCACAAAUAUGGACGAACUACAAAAAUAAGAGUACUGGAGAAUUGAGCUUCUUGACAUGUUUUAUGAAUUUUGCUGGCUCUAUAGUGAGAGUCUUCACCAGCAUUCAGGAAAAUGCUCCAGUUAGUGUGAUUAUGGGUUCAAUCAUCGGCAUCAUGACGAACGGCACCAUAUUAAGCCAGAUAGUUUUAUACCAAAAACCGGAAGCGAAAAAGGAGAAGAAAGAGAAUUAGACCAGCAAGCAUCUUCAGCUGGCAUGUCUAUGCUCUUUGUUACAAGAUCACACUCCAGUGGUGCUACUAAAAUGCUUGUUGGUUUGCCAAAACCCCAGAACCAUGGUGAGAAUUCACCUUGCCAGUUAAUAGUUAUUGCUUUGAUUUUGGUGGCAUCUCUUGUUUAGUAGGUAUUAUUAUUAUUUGGUUUCAGAGCUUUCCUAAAUGUCCAACUUUAUGUUUCUCAUAUAUUACAAGAAAUUGUAACUUGUCAUUUCUGGUCGAUUCUGUAGUCUUCAUUGCUUCAUUUAUUUCAGUUAAAUCCAGUUUUAUUUUAUUA